AGAAAGAUGAGUGACAAGGGUGUGAAAGAGAGAAAAAUAGUACCACAGUACCUUCAGUUUUUGAACUUCUUAUCGAACUCAUAUAAUGUAAAAAGGAACAAGCAGCCUUUCAUAUCCACUGUUGGCAAUACAAAUAAAACGGAUUUGGCGGCAAGAGUGACAUUGCAACAUCCAGUGAAAUUUCAGUGGGGCAGUUCUGCAAUUAAAUGAGGGAGAAGAAAGUUGCACCUAUUAUACCAGACGACUAGGAAGUCUUCAUUAGCAGCAUUCAGUUUGUUCAAAUGGAUGUAACAAUAACUCCAUUGAAGUGUUUAGUUAGGAUCAUGUUCUUGCAUCUUUUUUCCUGUUUUGUGCUGCUCAUGAUCACAGCAAUGGUUUCCAUUGCAGAUGACACAUACACAAGUACCUUUCAGUCCCUCAGAGAUGGCCAGACCCAUGUUUCAACGGGUGGAACCUUUGAGCUUGGAUUUUUCACUCCUGAAGGUGCUUCUAAUAAGCGAUAUGUUGGAAUAUGGUACAAGAAUAUACCCGUUAACACUGUUGUAUGGGUUGCCAACAGAGACACACCCCUCACUGACUCAUCAGGUGUUCUGAAGAUCACCAGUCCUGGAAUUCUUGUCCUUGUCGACCAUAACAAGACAGUUUGGUCCUCCAACACUUCAAGUCCAGCACAGAAUCCAGUAGCACAGCUUUUGGAUUCAGGAAAUCUUGUUGUGAUAGAUAAGAGUGAUAAUGUUGACCCAUCUGCAGAGAGCUUUCUGUGGCAAAGUUUUGACUACCCAGGUAAUACAUUGCUACCAGGUAUGAAACUUGGUAGAAACACAAUUACAGGUUUCAAAUGGUUUAUGUCAUCAUGGAAAAGUCCCCAGGAUCCUUCCCAAGGCAACUAUACAUUUCAAAAUGGUCCCAAAGGAUAUGCAGAGCAGAUUAUGAUGGAGGGUUCGGUCAUGAAAUUUCGGACUGGACCAUGGAAUGGAAUCCGCUUCAGUGGAGCGCCUCAUUUAAGUCCAAAUCCAAUAUACACAUACAAUCUUCUUUUUGAUCAUGAUGAAGAAUAUUAUUCUUAUAAGCUUCUUAACAGGUCAAUUCUUUCCAGGCUGGUGUUGGCUCAAGAUGGGCUUGUGCACCGAUACACAUGGAUUGAUAGAACCCAAGAAUGGUUCCUUCAUCUAACAGCACAACUUGAUAGCUGUGAUACCUAUGCACUUUGUGGUGCAUAUGGUGUAUGUAAUAUUGAGAACUCCCCAGCAUGUGGGUGCUUGAAAGGAUUUUCACCUAAAUAUCCGAAAGAUUGGGAAGUGAUGGAUUGGUCAAAUGGUUGCGUCAGAAAGACUCCACUGAGUUGCAAUGGAGACAUAUUUCAGAAGUACUAUGGGGUGAAAUUGCCAAGCACAGAACAAUCCUGGUUCAACACAAGUAUGAACAUCAAGGAAUGUGAAAUGAAGUGCACAAAGAACUGUUCGUGCACAGCUUAUUCAAAUUUGUAUAUCAGUCAAGGAGGGACUGGGUGCCGGAUGUGGUUUGGUGACCUGAUUGAUAUUACUAUUAGAAAUUUCACUAAAAAUGGGGAAGAUCUCUAUAUACGAAUGGCCGCAUCAGAACUACCUACAGACAAUACAAAGAUCAAUGGUCAGAAAGUGAGAAUCGUAUUAAUAAUCACUUCUAUGUUGUCAACUAGCCUGCUGAUAUUCUUGACCAUAUAUCUUCGGAAGAAGCAGCACCAAAAACAUGGAAAAGUAUGGAGCAGCAAAAAGGAAGAUUUGGAACUUCCAUUAUUUGACGUGGCAUCUAUUAUUUAUGCAACCAAUAACUUUUCAGAGAACAACAAACUAGGACAGGGAGGUUUUGGAUCAGUCUUUAAGGGUAUGUUGAGAGAUGGACGUGAAGUAGCUGUGAAAAGGCUCUCAAAGCAUUCUAGACAAGGACUAGAUGAAUUCAAGAAUGAGAUUAUGCAUAUUGCAAAACUUCAGCACAGGAAUCUAGUGAAGCUUCACGGAUGCUGCAUUCAAGAAGAUGAAAUGAUACUGAUCUAUGAAUUCAUGCCCAACAAAAGCUUGGACUUCUUUAUUUUUGAUCAUACAAAAAGCAUGUCACUAGACUGGCGUAAGCGGUUUGACAUUAUUAAUGGCAUUGCUCGAGGGCUCCUCUAUCUUCAUCAAGACUCCAGACUCAGAGUAAUUCAUCGAGAUCUCAAAGCCGGAAAUAUUUUAUUAGACAGUGAAUUUAUCCCAAAAAUAUCUGACUUUGGCCUGGCUAGAAGUUUGGGAGGAAAUGAAACUAGAGCAGAAACGAAUAGAGUGGUUGGCACGUAUGGUUAUAUGUCUCCAGAAUAUGCAAUUGAUGGGUUCUACUCUACCAAAUCCGACGUCUUUAGCUUUGGUGUUUCGGUGUUGGAGAUAAUAAGUGGGAAGAGAAACAGAGGAUUCUAUAAUCCAGACCACAGCCUAAACCUCCUUGGACAUGCAUGGAAGCUAUACACACAAGGCAGGUCCAUUGAACUGCUUGAUACAUCAGUAGGGGACUCGACUAUUCGACUAGAGGAAGUUCUGCGAUCGGUUCAUGUAGGACUCUUAUGUGUGCAGCAAAAUCCAGAAGAUAGGCCAAGCAUGUCAGCUGCUGUUCUAAUGUUGAGUGGUGAAGGUGCAUUGCCUCAACCCCAGAAACCAGGUUUUUAUACUGAAAGGAAUCUGAGUGAGAUCAAAGUCGACGCCGCUCCUAAACCAUGUUCAGCUAAUGAAGUCACUUUUACACUAUUGGAGGCCCGAUAAAUUAUAUUUCAUCAUUUCAUGUAGGUGUCAUUGUUGAGUUCCAAUCUUGAUCUGUUGUUAUUUUCCUUCCUGAUAUUAUAUUUGUAUGAUCAACUGAUCAAAAAUGAACGUCAAAGGCACAACGCGUAGGCAAACAUUACUCCAGUGCUAGCAUUAAUUUCUUCUCAAACUAUU